CCUCCAUCAAACAAACAUAAGUACAAAAACAAGCGAAUAUGUCAGACUCCACAAGCCCCUCCCUCAUCCACGGCCACGCCCAAUACGCCAAAGGCGCCUUCGAAGAAACAAUCGGCUCCGUAACCGGCGCAAAAUCCUGGACCGACGCCGGCUCCCACGACAAAUCCGCCGCGAUCUCCGAAAUGAAGGCCGCGAACGACUUGGGAUCCUCCUCCCGCAUGGGCGCAGCAGGUGCUGGGACAGGGAAGGAUGCGUCGUUUUUGGGGGGGAUUGAGAAGAAGGUUGGGGAGGUUGUUGGGUGUGAGGGCAUGGUUGAGAAUGGGGAGAAGAAGCAGUAGGGGAGGGGAGUUGGGGUGUAGGAUAUUGAGUGGGGAGUGUAUGAGUAUGUGAGGUUAAUAAAAAAGCGAUAGAGAUCGCAUUUUGAGACGAC